UACUUCUUUGUCUUGUUACUCUGUUUUGUGUUUUUUCAUAUUAAAAAAAAAAAAGACAAAAUUGUACCCACCUGGCAUGUGUGUCUUGGCCUGCACAGAGUAGGCAUUCUGCAUCACCCGCUGAAGUGAAGGCAUUUAACACAAUCAUAAAAAAGGAGGCAAAGCAAUGUAGCACCAAAAUUGACUUUUCACGUCAUCUCACCUUGGUGGCUUUCUGCCUGGCUUGAACAACAUCUGGAGCAUCAGUUCCCACGUGCAGACCGAGCCUGGUGCCUGACGCAGCAGAGACCGCCUGAUUCUGUGGGUCAGCCCAGUGCAGCGUGGCCCUUGGCACUGACAGAGUGCCAGCACCUCCCUUCUCGAUGGCGGCUUGGUUUGGUACCAAGGAUCCCGUGCUGUCAGUUCUGUUAUUUGUGAAUGAACUUAGCUGAAUAUGGAUCCAGGUGGUGGAAGUCUUGGAUUGCAAACACAAGAAUCCAAAAUGCCUCACACUAUGAUUAUGCAGGAUUUUGUGGCUGGAAUGGCUGGCACUGCUCAUAUUGAUGGAGACCAUAUUGUUGUAUCAGUUCCCGAAGCUGUCCUAGUUUCUGAUGUUGUUACCGAUGAUGGAAUAACUCUUGAUCAUGGCUUAGCAGCUGAAGUUGUCCAAGGACCUGACAUCAUCACUGAAACUGAUGUUGUAACAGAAGGUGUAAUUGUUCCCGAUUCUGUUUUGGAAGCUGAUGUUGCUAUUGAAGAAGCUUUAGAUACCAGUGAUCAUGUUUUGACUUCUGAUCUAAUAACAGAAACCGUUAGAGUUCCCGAUCAGGUCUUUGUGGCUGACCUUGUUACGGGUCCUGAUGGACAUUUGGAGCAUGUGGUGCAAGACUCUGUGUCAGGAGCCAACUCGCCUACAAUGGUUUCAGAAGAAGUUCUUGUAACGAACUCAGAUUCUGAAGCAGUCAUUCAAGCAGCUGGUACUGUUCCUGGCUCCACAGUGACUAUAAAAACAGAAGAUGAUGAUGAUGGCAAGAGUACAUCUGAAGACUACUUAAUGAUAUCUUUGGAUGAUGUUGGAGAAAAAUUGGACCAUAUAGGAAGCACUCCCUUGAAAAUCAGUACCGAGGUGACAAAUGAUGAUGUUGCUAAAGAUGAUGGUUUUGGUUCAGAAGUUAUCAAAGUGUACAUAUUUAAAGCUGAAGCUGAAGAUGAUGUUGAAAUAGGCGGGACAGAAAUUGUCACAGAGAGUGACUUUCACAAUGGACAUUCUGUAGCUGGAGUAAUUGAGCAAGGAGGUGUUGGUAGAAUGCAGCGAGAAAAAAUGGUUUACAUGGCUGUUAAGGACUCUUCUCAGGAAGAUGAAGAUAUUAGCUGUGCUGAAAUAGCAGAUGAAGUUUAUAUGGAAGUUAUUGUAGGUGAAGAAGAAGCUACAUCACUUCCAGACACGCAGCUUGAAGACUCUGGCGUGAAUAAAACUUUUGUCCCUGUUGCUUGGGCUGCUGCUUACGGAGAUGAAAGAAGGCUACCCAGAAGAUACGAAGAUGGUCAAGCGGCAGGAAAUAACUUGGAUACACGAUUAGAAAACAAAAACGGUAAUGCAACACAAUACCUGCAGAUUUGUGAUAGCAUUAGCACUAAUAGAGUGCUAAAACAAAAAACCAAGAAAAGGAGGAGAGGAGAGGCCAGGCAAUGGCAAACAGCUGUUAUAAUAGGUCCUGAUGGACAGCCCUUAACAGUUUACCCUUGUCAUAUUUGUGGGAAAAAAUUUAAAUCCAGAGGAUUCUUGAAAAGGCAUAUGAAGAAUCAUCCAGAUCAUAUGAUUAAGAAGAAAUACCAGUGUACAGACUGUGACUUUACAACUAACAAAAAAGUAAGUUUCCACAAUCAUCUGGAAAGCCAUAAACUUAUAAAUAAAGUUGAUAAAACCCAUGAGUUUACAGAAUAUACCAGAAGAUACAGAGAAGCAAGCCCGUUGAGUUCUAAUAAACUAAUACUGAGGGACAAGGAGCCUAAGCUACACAAGUGCAAAUAUUGUGACUAUGAGACUGCAGAGCAGGGACUACUCAAUAGACAUCUGCUUGCAGUUCAUAGUAAGAACUUCCCUCAUGUAUGUGUGGAGUGUGGGAAAGGAUUCCGUCACCCAUCAGAGCUGAAAAAGCAUAUGAGGACCCACACUGGGGAAAAGCCAUACCAGUGUCAGCACUGUGUCUUCAGGUGUGCUGAUCAGUCCAAUCUGAAAACUCACAUCAAAACCAAACAUGGGACUGAUUUGCCAUUUAAAUGUGAGCACUGUCCCCAGGCGUUUACAGAUGAAAAAGAACUGCAGCAGCACACAGAAUUAUUUCAAGGGCAUAAGACUCAUCAGUGUCCACAUUGUGACCAUAAGAGCACCAAUUCAAGUGACCUGAAGCGACACAUUAUUUCAGUUCACACAAAGGAUUUUCCCCACAAAUGCGAGGUAUGCGAAAAAGGCUUCCAUCGUCCAUCUGAGCUCAAAAAGCAUAGUGAAACCCAUAAAGGUAAAAAGAUACAUCAGUGUAGACACUGUGACUUUAAAACAUCAGAUCCUUUUGUACUUAGUGGGCAUAUCCUCUCAGUUCACACCAAGGACCUGCCUUUUAAAUGCAAAAGAUGUAAAAGAGGAUUUAGGCAGCAAAAUGAACUUAAGAAGCACAUGAAGACCCACAGUGGAAGAAAAGUUUAUCAAUGCCAGUAUUGUGAAUAUAGCACUACGGAUGCGUCAGGCUUUAAACGACACGUAAUAUCAAUACACACAAAAGACUAUCCACAUAGGUGUGAGUAUUGCAAAAAGGGAUUCCGUAGACCAUCUGAAAAAAAUCAGCAUAUAAUGAGGCACCACAAAGAGGCCAUAAUGUAAUAUAUGAUCUCAAGAAGGAAGCAAUUUAGAAACUGUGAUAUGCUAAUUGGGGAAAAAAAAAAUCUCAUGAACUGUUUCUCCUGGUUUCAAAGCUUGAUAUUAAAUCAUAACUUUACAUUCUUUGUAUUAAAAGUCUUAAAAGUAUUAGGGUUAACAGGGGAUCUCAUAGCCCUAUGAUUGUUGCUUAUCAGAACCUAAAGAGCACUAUAGAAUGCAGAAGGAUGGAUGAAUGUCUUAAAUUUGCAGAAAGAUGGAUGAAUGUCUUCAAAUUAAUAGUAUUACACAUUGUUAAGCUAUAGAAGACAAAACAAAGAUGAUUGUGUUAUCCAUUUUGUCAGUAACAGCGUUUGUCUCCAACAUGAAAACAGUUCAGAUGUAUGGUGGGGUUAUUUACAAAUUGUUUGCAAAGGCAACCGAGUCUAACUUCUUGUGCAGUUUUGAAAGGAGAGUAUUAGUCAGUCACUUGAUCAUAACGUUUUUAAAUCGUGCCUGGAAAUUAAAUUCCAGAAUUGGUCAAAUUUGGGGG